AUGGUUUGGCUGCUGUCCUUUGUCGCUUCACUGGCUGUCAUGAUCUACUUGCUGAAGAUCUCCUUUGAUCAGUACAGUAUGAGGCCUGUCACUACUAAGAAUGGAGAGAAGGUAGACCAGAAGAUAUCCUUCCCCGACAUAACGUUGUGCAAUUUGGAUCCAUUUGCUGAGGGAGAGCCAAAAGAACUUUCCAUGAAAAAUUAUUCCCUUCUGAUCGAAGAGUACGAAAAUUUUGCGCUAAAAAAAUUAGACGAUUUUAUGGUCGAAAGAAAUAACUUCUCAGCGCCCAAAGGAAAAAUUCGGAGCAUCAUGGAGGAACGUUGGAAUGCGAAUUAUUACACAUGCUACGUGCUGAAGACUAAAAAGUUGAUCAUUUCUGACUCAACAAUCGUUAGAGGAUUGAGCGUCUUGCUGAACGUUGGGCCACCCAAUCUCAUACAAGUCUCUUACAAAUCUUCACUCACAAACUCACGGGCCAGGGGGGUCCAGGUGAGCGUGCACAGUCCAGGGACUCCCCCGGAUCUCAAACGGGGGUUCAACGUCGCUCCCGGGACUGAAAACAUCGUCGAUAUCGUUCAGACGGAAAAAAUACGGCAAGAUAAAGCCAACAAUAAAUUGUGCGGCACUCAAGAGAAGAUAACGCCCUACUGGUAUAAAAUCAAGUACAAGCGAGAUCUCUGUGAGGAAUACUGCCUGCAGUCGUUGAUAAAGAGAAGGUGUGGCUGUAUGACGCAUCAGCUCAACGUGCCUGAUAAGGACUUCAAAAACACAAGACUCUGCGGGAACUUCAGUCUGAAUGGAAGUUUAAACAAGUCAGAACUUGAAGAAGAAAUUGUGGAAAAGUUCUACAACCUGGUCUGCUCGUUUGUUCAUGUUUAUCCCCAAGAUGAGAAAGAUUGUCAUGAAAAAUGUUUGAUUGCUUGUGACGAGAUGUCAUACGAUUUCUACGUAGCCUCGGCGACCUGGCCACAACCAUCAGUCCAACUUGACCUCUUCACCAAAUUCAUCCAAAACUGCACCGACACAAAUCCCAAAAUACGGAGCAGAUACAACAGCUACUUGCAGUACUACAAAAGCUGCAGCAGCAACAGCAGCAGCGAGUGCACCGACGACAUCCCCAUCUCAAACUUCACUCAAAUCCAGGAAUCCUUAUUAGAAAUAAAAUUCGUAAUGAAACAGAACUUUCCAUACUACCAGUCAGAAAACUUCACCUAUACCUGGGAAAUGAUGAUUGGAACAGUUGGAGGUAUGUUGUCACUCUGGCUUGGUGUAACCGUGGCGAGUGCAGUAGAAAUCAUCGAGUUAGUAUACCUCUUGGGUAAGCUCUGCUGGAAGAAUAACAGAAACUUAACUCACACAACUAAUGUCGCCGUUAAUUGUAACCUGGGUGUCUGUGAAGUUAGUGAUAAAAAUGGCACUGAUUCCAAUAAGAGUUUGUCUAAUUCUAAUUCAUCUGAGGGUUAUUGA